GCGGAGCGCGGCCCGUUGUUGUUUGGGUCCGGCGGGGCUGUGAGGGCGGCGGGGACCGGUGGCCAUGGGGGUCCCCAAGUUCUACCGGUGGAUAUCGGAGCGGUACCCCUGCCUCAGCCAGGUGCUGAAGGAGCAUCAGAUUCCAGAAUUUGACAACUUAUACCUGGACAUGAAUGGCAUUAUACAUCAGUGUUCCCAUCCAAAUGAUGAUGACGUUCACUUCAGAAUCUCAGAAGAUAAGAUUUUUGCCGAUAUUUUUCACUACUUGGAAGUACUGUUUCGCAUUAUUAAACCAAGGAAGGUUUUCUUCAUGGCAGUUGAUGGAGUGGCUCCAAGAGCAAAAAUGAAUCAACAGCGUGGGAGACGUUUUAGAUCAGCAAAAGAGGCAGAGGACAAAAUAAAAAAGGCAUUAGAAAAGGGAGAAACUCUCCCCACAGAAGCCAGAUUUGACUCCAACUGUAUUACACCAGGAACUGAAUUCAUGGCCAGAUUGCAUGAGCAUCUUAAAUAUUUUGUAAAUAUGAAGAUUUCUACAGACAAAUCCUGGCAAGGAGUAACAGUCUACUUAUCAGGCCAUGAGACUCCGGGGGAAGGUGAGCAUAAAAUUAUGGAGUUCAUCAGAUCAGAAAAAGCAAAACCCCAUCAUGAUCCAAACACAAGACACUGUCUCUAUGGCUUAGAUGCUGACUUGAUUAUGCUGGGAUUAACAAGUCAUGAGGCUCACUUUGCGCUCUUAAGAGAAGAAGUCCGAUUUGGUGGUAAAAAAUCUCAAAGAGCAUGUGCACCAGAGGAAACCACAUUUCAUUUACUGCACUUAUCUCUGAUGAGAGAAUAUAUUGAUUAUGAAUUUUCACCAGUAAAAGACAAGAUUUCCUUUGAAUAUGAUAUUGAGAGGAUAAUAGAUGAUUGGAUCUUAAUGGGUUUCCUUGUAGGAAAUGAUUUUAUUCCUCAUCUACCUCAUUUACACAUUAAUCAUGAUGCACUGCCGCUACUUUAUAGAACAUAUAUGGCUAUCUUGCCAGAACUGGGAGGUUACAUAAAUGAAAAUGGGCAUCUGAAUUUAAAACGCUUUGAGAAAUAUCUUACAAGGUUGUCAGAUUUUGAUCGUGAACACUUCAGUGAAGUCUUUGUAGACCUAAAAUGGUUUGAAAGUAAAGUAGGCAAUAAAUACCUCAACGAGGCAGCUGGCAUUGCAGCAGAAGAAGCCAGAAAAAAUAAACAAAAGAAACAAAAGGCUCAGGAAAAUUCUAUAUGUUUGGCUGCUUUAGAAAAAAAUGAAGGUGAAGUUGUGACCCCUAAAACUGCGUUGGAAGAUGAACCAGAAGAUGAUGAUCUGUUUGAAACUGAGUUUAGGCAAUACAAAAGAACUUACUACAUGACUAAGAUGGGUGUAGAAGUAGUUUCUGAUGACUUCUUGGCUGAUCAAGCUGAAUGUUACGUCCAGGCAAUACAAUGGAUUUUGCAUUAUUACUACCAUGGAGUUCAGUCGUGGAGCUGGUAUUACCCGUACCAUUAUGCACCCUACUUGUCAGAUAUUCGCAACAUCAGUGAACUCAAAAUCAAAUUUGAACUGGGAAAACCUUUCAUGCCAUUUGAACAGCUCCUUGCUGUGCUUCCAGCAGCUAGCAAAGAUCUGCUGCCUAAAUGCUACCAGCAUUUGAUGAUUAGUCAAGACUCUCCUAUUAUAGAAUACUAUCCACCGGAUUUUAAAACUGACCUAAAUGGUAAACAGCAAGAAUGGGAAGCUGUAGUAUUAAUCCCGUUUAUUGAUGAGAAACGGCUGCUGCAGGCCAUGGAAGCCUGUAAUAAGUGCCUAAAAGAAGAGGAGAAACGAAGAAAUACUCACAGUGCUUGCUUAAUGUACUGGUAUGACAAAGAAGCAGAGUUCCAGUACUUGUCACCAUGGCCAGAGAAAUUCCCUGCAAUAGAAAGAUGUCAUACAAGGUAUAAAACAAUACCUUUGGAUGCUUGGCACGUAGAAAUAACCCACAAUAAGAUAACUAAAAUCAACAAGAGCGCAUUAUAUUUUUGCGGAUUUCCUACUUUAAAGCACAUUAAGCAUAAGUUCCAUCUUAGAAAAAGUGGUGUACAGGUGUUUCAGCAAAGCAGUCACGGAGAGAACAUGAUGUUAGAAAUCAUAGCUGAUGAGAACUCAAAAGAACAGAUGGUAGAAAAUGUUGCCAGUUUGGUACUUGGAAAGCGUGUUUUUGUUAACUGGCCACACCUUGAAGAAGCUAGAGUUAUUGCUGUGUCAGAUGGAGAAACUAAGUUUUAUUUGGAAGAACCACACGGUACACAAAAGCUUUACAUGGGAAAUGCAGUGCCCCCGACUAAAGUGGCAUAUGUUGGAGAUAAGGAACAAAGCAUGUGGUUAAAAGAAGUUCAAGGCAUUUCAGAGCACUACCAGAGAAGAAAAGGAAUAAUUAUCCAUGAAACCUCAAUAGUUGUGUAUGCUCAGUUACUCACUGGUAAUAGAUAUCAGCUAAAACAAAAUGGAGAAGUUUAUUUGGAGAAGCAGUGGUCAAAACAAGCUCUUCCUUUUGUUUACCAAACUGUUGUCAAGGAUAUCAAAGCCUUUGACUCCCGUUUUUCAAACAUCAAAACUUUGGAUGACUUGUUUCCUCCUGGAAGUACAGCCUUCAUGCUGGGAUCUCCUUACUACGGCUGCAUGGGAGAAGUUCAAGAUUCACAUGAUGUGAUCACAGAAGGUAGAAUUCGUGUAGUUUUCAAUAUUCCGUGUGAACCCCAGCUUGAUCCUUUAAUACAGAACCAGCAUAAAUAUUCUGUGAAAUACAAUCCUGCAUAUAUUUUGGCCAGCCGUCUUGGAGUAAGUGGAUAUCUUGUCUCCAGAUUUACAGGGAGUAUCUUUAUUGGAAGAGGAUCAAAGAAAAAUCCUCAUGGAGAUCACAAAGCAAAUGUUGGGCUAAACCUGAAAUUCAAUAAGAAAAAUGAAGAAGUUCCUGGUUAUACUAAGAAAGUUGGAAAUGAAUGGAUGUAUUCUUCUGCAGUAGAACAACUACUUGCUGAGUAUUUAGAGAGGGUCCCUGAACUAUUUAGUUACAUAGCCAAGAACAGCCAGGAAGAUAUCUUCUAUGAAGAUGACAUUUGGCCUGGAGAAGAUGAGAAUGGAGCUGAGAAAGUUCAAGAAAUUGUUGCAUGGUUAAAGGCACAUCCUGUGUCUGCUUUGUCUCGUUCAUCUUGUGACUUGCAAAUUUUGGAUGCAGCCAUUGUUGAGAAAAUUGAAGAAGAAAUAGAGAAAUGCAAGCAGAGAAAGAGCAACAAGAAGGUGCGAGUAACUGUGAAACCCCAUUUGCUGUACAGACCCUUAGAACAACAGAAUGGGGUUGUUCCAGAUCGGGACGCAGAGUACAGGCUGUUCGACCGUGUUGUGAAUGUGAGAGAAAACUUUUCCGUUCCAGUUGGUCUUCGAGGUACCAUUAUAGGAAUAAAAGGAGCCAGUAGAGAAACAGAUGUGCUCUUCGAAGUUUUGUUUGAUGAAGAAUUCCUUGGAGGCCUAACUAUAAGGUGCUCACCUGCCAGAGGUUAUCGUCUCCCAUCAAGUGCCUUAAUUAACCUUUCUCAUGGUAGUCGGUCAGAAAUGGGAAAUCAAAAACUGACAGCCAUAGUUAAACCUCAGCCAGCUGUUAAUAACUACAAUUCAUACACAUCUGAUAUGUCGUCUGUAUGCUCGCAAAAAAUGCAUCUCGGAGGCCUCAACCAUUCUCCUCGCUCUCUUUUUGUUCCUACUCAACAACUGAAUGGAAGACAGCAUUACAAUCUCAGGGCUGAAAAUCAGGGCAACUCUAACUCACCCCAGAAAGGAUCAUUUCUGAGCGGCAAUCAGAAAAACAAAGCACAAAGUAAGCAAGAUGAUGAAUUCUGCAGCAUAUGGCAAUCAUUGCAGAGUUCUGGGAAGUCUCACCACAUGCAGCAAAACAUGCAUGAGAAGGGUGCAGUUCUACCUCAGGAAAUCAAGCUGGGAACUUGCAAUCAGUUCUAUAAGCCAGGAUUCAAUGACAGCAGCUUUAAAGGUCAGCAAAGAAAACAGGAGCCAUAUAAAAAAUUUAAAGAAGAUUCCAAAGUUACAAGAGGUGAAAGUCAGCCACAUAAUAAAAUAUCAAACAAACAGAAUUUUGCAGGUGUGAAUAAGUACAACGUUAAACUUUUGAAGAGGAAUGAAAGUCCCAACAUGCCUGUAAUUCAGAAGGCUGCAGUUGAUGGUCCCAGUACAGGUGGAAAGAAGGACAAUGAACUUGAAAGCCUUCUAGCUUCUUUGAAAAUUUCCAAAGAAAAUGAAGUGCAGACUUAUCCCAAGGAAGCAAGAGCUACAAAUGAAGAACAUCUGUCACCACAAUCAUUUGCUAUGAAAGGAACACAGAUGCUUAAAGAGAUUUUGAAGAUCGAUGGCUCGGACCUGGAAACAAAGAAUGAAGUGAAAUCCCAAGUUAAUGAUGUUCCUGCUCCCCCUAGUAGACAGGAUUGCCAUGGACCUGCCUUGCAAUAUAGACAAACAAAAAAAAUGGCUCCUUAUAUGAACAAGCCUCAUAGCGCUGGAGGCCCUCAGAACACACCAGCAAUGGAGACUGGAGGUCACCCUUUCACUUGUCCACAGCCUGCACUGUCUACUGUUUCUGAACUUUGUCGUAUUUGUUCUCUUGUUGGAAUGUCACAACCGGAUUUCUCUUUCCUAAAAACACCACAGACCAUGACAGUUUGUCACAUAAAAUUAUCAAAUGGUUUGUUGGUUCAUGGACCGCAGUGUCAUUCUGAAGCUGAAGCAAAGGAGAAAGCUGCACUUUUUGCUUUACAGCGUUUGAGUUCUAUAGGAGUGAAUUUCCCUUUGCCUCCACCUCCGCCUCCACCGGUGUUUCCAAAUUAUCAACCUCUAGGGGUUCCUGUACCACCUGGGUCUAUUCCUCCAGUAUUUGCACAACCCCCGGCUAAUAUAAUGCCUCCAUCAUCUCACAUGUUUGGUCCAGUGUCCUGGGGAACUCCGGUGCCUAAACAUUAUUAUCCUGGUUCCUAUCCAGGAAACGUGUCUCUUGCAGGAACUAUACCAGUUGGUUCUCACAACCAGUUUAUACCUCUGCAGGUAACUAAAAAAAGGGCUGCUAGCAAGAAAAACUUUGAGCUCAAGGAGUUUCAGAGUUCCCCUCAAGCUGCACCACUAAAGAAUGAACAGCCAAUGUCUUCUGACCACAUUCAGCAAGAUAGUUCUUCAGCUCCUUUAAAAUCUCCUCAAGCUGCUCAAUCCACUGUUUCAUUUCAAGACAAUGUGGCUACUCCAAGUGCUCCUCAUAACAAAUCAACACCAAACACUUCCAGCAAGCGAAAGCCAAGAAAGCUGGCUGUCAAUUUUGGCGCACCAAAAUCUUCAGAAUAAAUAUGGUAGCUAGGUGUAUUUUAUCUUUAACUCUUCCCCCACUGUUAUGUUCUAUCAUUUAAAAAAAUCAGAAAGCUCUAUUAAAAAGACCAGCCACUUUAAGUAUAAUAUAGAAUGAAAUAAAUUUUAUUUGCUAUGAUUUUCAGGUUGUUACCAAAACUAUAAAAUUUAUGUUAAAACUUAAUUCUUUUGACUUAAAUUAGCAAAAGCCAGGAAAUGCUGAGUUAAGGUUACCAUGCCAUCCAUUGUGCCUAGGUUUCUGAACAGUGGCUUACAGACUAUACUGGGUAAGCAGCAAUAACAGUGGCAACCUUAAUUCAGGAUUGCUGUGCUUUUUGGGAGGGAUAUGGUGCGGUAAUAAGUUGGGCAUCAAAGAUUGUUUAGUAUGACAUUUUGUAUUCUAGCUUAUUUUUAAAUAGCGUAAUAAGACAGAAAGGAAAAAUUCUUUAAAUGCAGCUUUCAUAUUGGCUCUCCAGGUCAUUCCGAGUUGAAUCAGUGUGACUAAAACCUAACUGCAGUGGAACUGCCAAAUUUCCUGUAACUCUGAACUGUUAGGUUUUAUACCACAGGGCAACAACUUUACAACUUUCAAAAUGUAGGUAUUAUUGUAUCUCUAGUAUUAGAGUGGCAAAAAGUGAUUGCUGAUGCAAAAUCUCUUCCAGGAGACCAAUUUAUAGGAUGUAUUGAAUAAAAAAAUAUAUUUGGGAAGUAGAGACCUCUUUAGUAAAGUAUGUUGAAUUUUUUUAAGCUAGCAGCAUUAUCAACUUUGUUGUUUUCUGAUGACAAAAUAGCAUAGCUAUCUAGUGCAGAUCUGCAUAUCCCCCUAAAAUGCUAGGGAUAUCCCGAUUUUAUUUUUUUUUCUAAAUUAUAAAAAUGGGCAGAGUUUAAAGAUGUCUGCAUAGAAUGGCUGUCAAAGUAAUGUUUAAUUAGAGUCCACUUCAGACAAAAAGUUUACUUGUAUUUUUGAAGGGAGCUAUGUUGUAAAAGAAGUAAUUCUAUUCUUAAUUCAUAUAGGAAAAAAAGAAGGCUCAAAGGUCCCUGGACUAUUAUUUUUAACCCACGUGUUCCGUUCUUACUGACAUUAAUAAGAAGUGUUCAGUCUAAGAGAAAAUUUGAAGCCUCAGUUGGUGCUGUUUACUGACGAUUAAACUUCAUUUUUCUUCUUUAUUCUAGUCUUUUCCAGAAAAAAUACUUUUCCUCUAAGGCCCAGGAAGCUUAGAAAUAAAGCAUGCUUUAGUGAUUCAUUUUGUCAACUCUGUUAGAUCUGCAAGUCUGUAGACUUUCUUUCAGUUCCCCUACCUUAUUCUUUGCCUCCAUUUAUUGCAUUUUUUUAUAUUGAUUUCUGUGAAACAGUUGUUGCCUCAGCAGUAUUUGUAGAAUAGCAGCAAGCCCUGUAAAAAGGAUCACAGAGGUAAAAACAAGGUUAAGAAAUUUCAUUUUAUUUUACCACGAACCUUGUAGAAUAAUCUAUAUAAAGUUUUUCAGUACGUUGAUUUUGUUGUUCUAUUUAUAGCCAUCUAGUCUCAAGAGAGUUUGAGGCUGUAUUGCGUGAAGAGCAAGUUGUAUGUUUUGAUGAUUUAUGGCCCUUAGUAAUGCGAGACUGGCAUGAUGCUGACACGCCAAUGUUUUAGAAGUGUUUAUGUGAGAUUUAGUUAGAGACACAGAUGUUAGUCCCCCGUAUACUAUAUGAAUUAUCUGAUCAUCAGAGAAAAGAUCUGUUUAGAAAUUCCCGUGAUGGAGAUGAGGCUGUUAGAUUCUCAUAUCACCGAAUCUUGUCUUCUUUAAACUUUACCACAGGUGUCAUCAUAAAAGACUAAGUAGUUGAUGAUUGAUAAACAUAUUGUAGUUUCUGUUGGAAUUCUGAAUUUUCUCAAAAUUACCAAAUUUUGACAUAUCUGGAUAGCCAAUUCAUGCAGGUUUUUUUAGAAACAGUUAUGAAGAACACUGUUCUCUUAACAUCAGUAAUUUUCAUUAUUAAUUACCUUCUUCAGACUAUGACUUCCUCUCCCUCUUCAAGUAGAAUUGCUAUAUUUAGUAUAUAUAGCUGGUUAAACACUUAAUUCUGUAACUGCUGCAUAUUGUAUUAGUCCCUGGUUUUUAGUUUAUGUAUUCUGUGAUACUGACUGCCUGGUGCCCAGUUAAUUACAGUUUUACAUGUCCUGGUAGAUGUAACAUCUGCAUUGACCUAUGCCAUGUCCCCUGUGAUUUCAGUUUUUAUAUUUUAACAAGGUGAUUAUGUUUAAUUCAUGCAGAUAUAAAUUUAAGCAUUUGUUUUUCUCAUAGAUGAAAAGUAUUUUGUAAGCACUGGAGUUUUUCAUUAGAUCUUAUACAGAGCAGUAUUUUACUAAAAAUCCAAAAGGGAAGACUUUUAUGUGCGCAUUUUUGUAGUUUCUGAUUUUUUUAAAAUAACUUUUCAUUGUUUAUCUGCCAAGUGAAAUGUUUUAAAUUUGCAUAUGAAUGGAUACAGAAUGUAUUUUUUGUGCUGUUUAGUGUUAAGUGUGCAUUUGCAGAUUUUUAGCAUGUAGUUGCACAAAGGACUGUGCAAAGAUAUUUUAAAAUAUGAAUAUAUGAUACACUGAAGGAAAAACAUUCAUAAAAGUUAAAUGCUAUAUAAAACUUUAAUGCAAUAGAAUAAUUUUAUAAAUUGUGUCUGUGUCUGCUUGGAUUAAAUAUUGGAACAAGAAACAUUACUUAUUUUCACUGUUUUAUUUUCAAAUACUAUAUGGGAACUUCUGUAUGCUCCAAACCAAAAUUUUAAGAUGCAAAUUAAAUCUCUUGAAGCCCAAUUUCUGUGAUUCUCAGAAGCGGCAACCACCCACCCCUGAGCUGUUUCUUGAUGGCUUUCAGCUACUACUCACUUAAAGAUAGGAAGCUUGUUAAAAAGACCAUUGGUCACUUUGCAAUUUAAUGCAUGUAACUAGAUAUUCAUCUUCCAAAUUUUCUUUGGCCUUUGUCACCCAUUAAAUUAAAAAAUAAUAUUAAAAAAGCUAUAUAAAAGGCAGUAAGAUUACUUCCAGUAAGUUCAGUCCUAGUGGUUCUUAACAAGGUGUGAAAAGAACUGGUGGCUGAAAAACAGGAGAAAAAUAGGAGGAGCCAUAGAUACCUGGAAAGAUUUGAUACUCUAAUGUGAAGCCUUUUUCUGUACCUGGAGGAAAACACUGUGCUGAGAUUUUUGGCACAGUAUAGUUACCUCGUUUGUAACAAGGCUUCUGAAUGAAGCAGAAUGACAAUUUGCACUAAAACUGGUGUAAUGUGUUUGAACUUCUUCAAAUGGCAAGUUACACUUCAUAAUUAGAUUUCCUCAUCUCCCCAGUAACAGCAGGUUUUUUAAAUUAAAAGUUACCAACCUACUAUUACUAGAUUUUUCCCUUAUCUUAGAGCGGGUAAAUAAUUUUUUUCGCCUUUAUGUAUAUAUACCACGCGCGGAGUUUUGUUCUCUUUGACCAGUUACCUCUAAGGUUAUGUUCAAACUCUGCCUGUCGUUCCCUUUUAGAGCAUAAUGAACACUGUAGUCAUGCCAGUUAAUUCUUAGUAUCUUUGGUUGUGAGUUAUGAACUUUAUUAGGAUCUGUCUUUUGCAAUCCGCGGCAUCAGCUUUUCAUGUAGAGAGGUUAUUUGCCUUCUCAUAGGUUAUGGUGUGAAUUAGCUUGUUUAAAGCAACUAGUAUAAAGAAUGGAGAACGCUCUUAACGUGACGAGCUGCUGCAACUUUGCGUAACAAUAUCCUGUAUAGAACAACAGUCUGGUUGGUAUAUACAUUCAGGUCAUAUUACUCAACAUGAAGGUACCAAGAUACAAUCUUGCAUUUCUUAAGCUGUCUUCAAAUUAUUAAGUCGAUGGACUCUUAAGUACUGCAGUUGUCCUGCAUGGCAAGUUCUGCUGCCUUACUUUCCCCAUCUCAAUAUGUAGGACUAAAGAAAAUUAAAAUAAAUUAAGUUAAGGGGUAAGUUUUCAAAAUGUAUCAGUUUGUGCAUAAUAAAUCUUGCAUGGACACUACCA